AUGCGACGUUCACAAAAACUAUCAAUAUUAAAUCAGUUUAGACAUAAUCAAUUGGAAAAUGAUCUAUCAUUUCCCAUACAUCACAAACACAAACACAAAUCUCCAUUACCAUCAUCAUAUCAAUUAGAUGAUAUUGAUACUUUAGAUAUUGAAAAAUUAAUAUCGAAUGCAUAUGAUCAAGCAUUACGUCUUGUUAAACAUUCAAAAAUACUAGAUAAAUUAAAUGAGCAUAAAAUAAAUUGUUUAAAUGAUUUAAGUAAAUAUAUCUUCAAUAUGUUAAAUAAAAAUUCAAGAAUGAUUAAUUAUUCUUUCCGAACGGAAAAUAAAGCCACUGAAGAGUUUGGAUUGGAUGAAGAAAAUGAAGAUAAUGACAUCAUAAAUUAUGCACCGGAUCAACUUAUUGAUGAAAUUCUAUUUGAUCCUCAAAGCAACGUUGUUAGUGAUGAUGAUGAUGAUGAUGAUGAUGAUGAUGAUGAUGAAAAUAUAUUAAAUUCAAUAAAAUCAGAUUUUAAUGGGAUAAGAAUAGUUGAUAAUAUUAAUCCAGCUCUAAAAAAAUCGUAUUUUAAAGUCAAAAUAAAUAACAAUAUUAAAUAUCUUCACAAACAAUCGGCCUGCUGGCUGAAAUUGAACCAAACAGCGAAAUUAUCAAGUGAUCGUUUAUCGCGUGUCAUGCAACAAACAUCUGAUCACAAUUAG